CAUUCGUUCAUCUCCCGGAAUAUUAAAACUUCAGUAAGAUAUUGAAUAAUGCAAGACAGUACCUCAACAAUUUCUUCUUCUUCUCCACCUUCACUACUUAAUACACUUCAAAAACGCCUUCAGUAUAUAAUCCAUAGCCGUCAAGAAUGGUGGGUUUAUGCUAUUUUCUGGCAAGCGUCAAAAGACGCCAAUGACCGUCUUGUUUUCUCGUGGGGAGACGGCCAUUUGCGUGGUGCCAAAGACUCGGCUUCGGCCAAAGUCCGUAUGGAUACGGACAUGUUUUAUGCGGUGUCAGCACCGGAAUGUUUCGUGUCCGAUGAUGACCUCAUCGUAAACACUUAUAAUUCCGGUUCGUGCGUUUGGCUCAACAAUUAUUACGAGUUGCAACUUUACAACUAUGAGAGAGCUAAACAAGCUCACUUGCAUGGAAUUGGGACUCUGGUUUGUAUUUCUACUCCUCAUGGUGUUGUCGAAUUGGGAUCUUAUGAAAUUAUUCAAGAAAAUUGGGAAUUAGUUCAAUUAACUAGGUCUAUUUUUGGAUGUAGCAAUAAAAAUAGUCCCCCGCCAAUUAAUAGUCUUUCUAGUUUCAAUUUUGUUCCUUUGGGAAAUCAUAUUCAGAAAUCGGAAGAAACGGAUACAAAAAAUAAUCAAGAAAUAAUUAUAGGCAACAAAUCAUCCGAUUCUGGAAAUUCGGACUUUGAUAAUGAGUCCUCGGCUAUCAACAAUACUAAUUCACCUAAUAAACGAGGACGAAAAUCCAGUUCCAGCAACACAACAAUGGCGAAAAAUCAUGUUGAAGCUGAGAGACAGAGAAGGGAAAAGCUGAAUCAUCGGUUCUACGCUCUAAGGAGCGUGGUCCCUAAGGUGUCGAAAAUGGAUAAAGCUUCUUUGCUAGCUGAUGCAGUUGCUUAUAUUAAUGAGCUCAAGGCCAAAGUUCAAGAAUUAGAGUCUAAUAAUAAAACUCAGUACCAGAAACCUAGCAGAAAUUAUGUUAAUAACGUUAUGGAGAUGUACGACUCUCAAAGCGUAUCGUCUGCUGUAGUUGAUCGCGCGAAUAAUAUCAAUUCGCCGUUCAAUUGGUGCGAUGGUGCAUAUGGAAUGGAAGUCGAGGUCAAGAUUAUUGGAGUAGAAGCUGUGGUUCGGGUCCGUUCACCCGAUGUGAACUACCCCUGUGCGAGAUUGAUGAACGUGCUGCGAGAGUUGGAGUUUCAAAUUCACCGGGCAAGUGUUUCAAGUAUCAAGGACAUGAUGCUACAAGAUUUUGUGAUUAGGGUUCCUGAUAAUGUGGCUAAUGAGGAAGACCUUAAAUCUGUUAUACUCACAAAAUUAAGUGUUCCUUACAAUUGA